AUGUUUUCUAUAAAUUCGCACGCUGACACUUUAUAUUCUUAUGCAGGCAGUGAAACGAAUGUCCCACCAGAAUUUAUUACAGACAGACGAUAUGAUAUAUCGAAAGAGGCCGUGCGAUCUAUUGGGAUUACAAUAUAUCAGAUGUUGUAUGGUCGAGCACCUUAUACCGAUUACAAAAGGUUUUCAGAUGUAAUAUCGGGAUUACCACAGUUGGAUAACAUAUCUGAUGGUAAGUGCAUAUGUUCAUAUUUGGGGGUAUUAUAUCAGUAUAUACAACUUGAAAAUAGAACAAACUGCGACGUUCCGAGCGAAAGCCCUUUGUCUUGGAGGUCCUAGCUACCCUAUAUCUACAGACAGUACUGGAUAUAUGUUGGAGGCUGGAUAUACGAUGAAAAUUUCGAUCUUUAAAUGUUAGAUCAAUUAAGUUAGGCCGUUUUUAUACGUCGAAUUUUGGUCGCGUUGAAUGCAAUUAAGACAAUAGAUAAUGAGAUAAUAAACCUCAUUAAGCUUCAUUAUCUAUUGUUUGAGUUGCAUUCGACGCGACCGAAAUUCGACGUAUAAAACAGGACUUAAUGUCCAAAAUAAUCCUGAAUAUUAGGUAUAACCUGCCUCAGGCCUGUUUUAUACGUCGAAUUUUGGUCGCGUCGAAUGCAGUUAAGACAAUAGAUAAUGAGAUGAUAAACCUCAUUAAGCUUCAAAAUAUAUUGUUAGAAUUGCAUUCGAAAUUCGACGUUUAAAACAGGCCUAAGAUACAAUAGAUUUGAUUUCCACGACCGCUGCCACAACAUUUCAUUGGCUUAGUACUCAUCUGAUCGGUUAACAGGAUUUUCUAUUUAUUAUUUAUUUGAAACAUUCGUUUUACAUACUAUUCAACGGCGUGACGUGAUAGCGUUGGAUGUAAGUAGAAUGAAAUUCAAUAAAGUGACGUAACAACGUUGAAUAUGAAAAACCAUAUUCAAUGUUAUGACGUCAUGCAAUGGAAAUACGAAAACGAAAUGUGGAAGCACGCCAAAACAAUAUGGCGCUGCGUCAGUGCAGCUCUUUUCCGUUCCGUAAACCGCCUGGGUUACCAGUAAAAUCAGUGUCAUUACUUUCAGCGUGCGUCACAACCGGCAACUAUCAAAAUUAAUGAGAGACCACGGAAACACGCGUUUAAACGCACAUGUUGUGCUGGCAUCUGUAGUAAUUAUGUAUCGAGUAUCGAUUGCUCAUUUUUGGAUCAGGAACUGGUUCCCAAUCGCUGCUAAUCUUCUUCUUUCUUCUUCUUUCUUCUUUCUUCUUCUUUCUUCUUUCUUCUUCUUCCUUCUUCUUCUUCUUCCUUCUUCUUCCUUCUCCCUUUUUUCUUCCUUCUUCUUCCUUCUUUUUCUUCCUUCUUCUUCUUCCUUUUUCUUCCUUCUUCUUCCUUCUUCUUCCCUCUUCUUCCCCCUUUUUCCUUCUUCUUCCCUCUUCUUCCUUCUUCUUCCUCUUUGGCUAUCAUAUAAUAUUCAUAGCCGGAAAAUCGGGAAAAACAAAGACAUGUCAAUUUGUUUUUAGCACAAGCAUGCAGUUAUGAAGCCAUGACUAUGCGAAAUGAACUGCAUUAACCUAUAGCAACAAUUCAGAUAAUUUGUUACCUUAACUUAAGUCCGGUUUACACGGCACGUACACGACUGUAUAGCUGCAAUAUUUUGCAAUGGCACGCACGGCACGGAAAAAUUUGUUACGGCAAAAGUUAAAUUUAGGCACGGCAUAUUUAAUAUUCUUAAUAUUGUGGGACAUUUAACUCAUCUAUCGAAUUCGAAUACGAGUAUAUACUUUUGAAAACUGCGCAUUUAGUUAUCUAUGCUUUGUCCAAAUUUACACUCAUUUAUACACGGCAUGACUAGACACAUAUUUUUGCCCGGAUAAAGUAUAUCUUGCAUGACCAAAUUAAAGCAAAACAUUUAUUAGAAGAAUUAUUAGUUUUACAAGUGUCUAGUUAUUUGUUUAUCAAGUCAAAAUCUCGAAGGUUUUGAACAUUUAACGAUUUGCACAAGAUCGAAACUGGGUCACGCAGUUCUGGGUCCACUAUAGUAUGAUCGUACUUGUACGGAAUUUGAAAUUACGGUUGUCUGAAAUUUUUAUAUGAUCCUAGUAUUCGUAGUUAUCAUAGCUUUUUAAGCUUUUUUACGUUUAUAGACGAUAAUCACGAUAUAAUUUUUAAGUAUCGCCUAACUCCACUUCGUGACCUCUUGUUGUUUGUGACUGUUCAGUUGAGUGUGAAAACGUUGGGACGCGCGUUUAAACGCGUGUUUUGCGCCACUUCUCUCACAUUCACUGGAUGUGACGCACACCAACUGACUGUAUACUGGUGACCCUGGUGGUUUACGAAACUGAAAUUGAUUACGUCGCCGACCGCAAGUAACAAUGGUAACAUGCAAACGACCAAAAUUAAUUAAUGUAUUUACACUAUUUGUUUGCAGAAGUGAAAAACCUUCUCACGGAAUUACUUGCGAUGAAUCCAAAGAACCGACCGGCUAUUAAGAAAGUCGCAAAACAUUCUUGGUAAGUAUAAGUAGUAAUGCCAAAUUCAAUUACUUCCGAUACUAAAGUUUUUCAAAUGCACGGCAACACAGUACAAUAUUUCUAACUGAAAUUAAAAUUUUCUUCUUAUGUUUAAGGUUGCGGGUAAAGCGGUCACUCAGUGAACGACUGCCAUCGUUUGUUAGAUCUAUUUUUCGUAAACGUCGUGGUUCGUACGACAUGAAUAUUGCAAGGACGGCAAAGCAAUCUGGAAAUCAUCCACUCUUCAUGUCUUCUCGACAUACACAGCAUAGCCAGCGAGCAAAUCAUGGCCAGUCUGCUAAAUAA